AGAUGCUGUUCAGUUAAAUGUGACUGCUACACAACAGCUCCUCUUCUUGGCACAGCGAAUGAAGAAUCUGGAAGUGUUCAUGCACAUUUCUACUGCCUAUGCAUAUUGCAAUCGAAAACACAUUGAGGAAAUAGUUUAUCCACCUCCUGUUGAUCCCAGGAAACUGAUUGAUUCUCUUGAGUGGAUGGAUGAUGGCCUGGUGAAUGAUAUUACUCCUAAACUGAUAGGCGACAGACCUAAUACUUAUACAUAUACAAAAGCCUUAGCCGAAUAUGUAGUACAACAAGAAGGUGCAAAACUAAACACAGCCAUUAUAAGGCCAUCUAUUGUUGGUGCUAGCUGGAAGGAGCCUUUUCCUGGAUGGAUUGAUAACUUCAAUGGACCUAGUGGUCUCUUCAUUGCUGCAGGAAAAGGAAUUCUUCGAACAAUGAGAGCUUCCAACAAUGCAGUAGCAGAUCUUGUUCCAGUAGAUGUUGUUGUCAAUACGACACUGGCUGCAGCCUGGUAUUCUGGAGUUAAUAGACCAAGAAAUGUCAUGAUAUAUAACUGUACAACAGGUGGCACCAAUCCUUUCCACUGGGGUGAAGUUGAAUACCAUGUAAUUUCUACUUUCAAGAGGAAUCCUCUUGAACAGGCCUUCAGACGGCCCAAUGUAAAUCUAACUUCUAAUCACCUUUUAUAUCAUUACUGGAUUGCUGUAAGCCAUAAGGCCCCAGCAUUCCUGUAUGAUAUCUACCUCAGGAUUACUGGAAGAAGCCCAAGGAUGAUGAAAACAAUAACACGUCUUCAUAAGGCCAUGAUGUUAUUAGAAUACUUUACAAGCAAUUCUUGGAUCUGGAAUACUGAAAAUAUGACUAUGCUAAUGAACCAGCUAAACCCCGAAGACAAAAAGACAUUUAAUUUUGACGUUCGACAACUACAUUGGGCCGAAUACAUGGAAAAUUACUGCAUGGGAACGAAGAGAUAUGUGCUGAAUGAAGAAAUGUCUGGCCUCCCUGCAGCUAGGAAACACUUGAAUAAGUUAAGAAAUAUACGCUAUGGCUUCAAUACAGUUCUCGUGAUCCUGAUCUGGCGUAUCUUUAUUGCAAGAUCACAAAUGGCAAGAAAUAUCUGGUACUUUGUGGUUAGUCUGUGUUACAAGUUCCUCUCCUACUUCAGAGCCUCCAGUACUAUGAGAUACUAAAGAAGAUAAUUUAGCAUUAGGACAUCUAUGCAUAUGGUGGUCUAACUGCACAAAGCCUGUAACAUGUAGUCAUCUCACAUUUUGUAAAAGCAUAAUUUCAUCUUAAAUUGGGGUGUGAAAUACACAGUAUGGUAUAUGUAAUAUUAGUUGUGUAUCUUCCUGGAAACAGAGAAAAUAAAAUGGUCAAGUGCCAGGUUGAAUUGGCAUUAGACAAGCAUUUAAAUAACUUUAACUCUUUGACCUGAGGAAAACAUUUUAGACCACUGACCAACAUAACUGUGCAAUUUGGAACGUUUGAUUGAAAUCUGC